AUAUUAUAUCUGUAUGUAUGUAUGUAUGCGUGUGUGUAUGCACCACGAGAGCUGUCACCUUUUAACAUUCCUCGAUCUGAACAAGACGGUACCUGAAGAACCCGUUAAAGAAAAAUACCAAACGAGAACGGGACGAUACGUGCAGAUAGAGAGAGAGAGAGAGGGAUGGGGAGUUACAGGAUGUGUCUGUUCUUCACGAGGAAGUUCAGGGUGACGGAGGCGGGCCCGGCGGAUGACGUCAGAGAGGCGUUCGAUAAGUACGCCGAGGGUGGGGCCUACAUGUCGCCGGAGCAGCUCCGGCGGUUCCUGUCGGAGGGGCAGGGAGAAAGCUGCGGCGGAGCGGAGGAGGAGAAGAUCGUCGACGAGGUGCUUCGCCGGAGGCACCACAUUGCCAAGUUCACGAGGCGAUCCCUCACCCUCGACGACUUCAACUAUUUUAUCUUCUCCACUGAGCUCAAUCCGCCGAUCGGUGAUCAGGUUCAUCAUGAUAUGAAAGCUCCACUAUCACAUUACUUUAUAUACACUGGCCACAAUUCCUACUUGACCGGAAACCAGCUCAGUAGCAACUGCAGUGAUCUUCCGGUUGUGAAGGCCUUGAGACGAGGCGUGAGGGUGGUCGAGUUAGAUCUCUGGCCCCGUGGGAAAGACGAUGUCUGUGUCAAACAUGGAAGGACAUUGACUAAGCCUGUAAAGUUGGGAAAGUGUUUGGAAUCAAUUAAAGCACAUUCCUUUGCCACUUCCAAGUAUCCUGUCAUAAUCACUCUUGAAGACCAUCUCACACCAAGACUUCAAUCUAAAGUUGCCAAGAUGAUAACUCAAACAUUUGGAGACAUGUUAUAUUACCAUGAUCCUGAAAGUUCGGAAGAAUUUCCCUCCCCAGAAGAACUGAAGGGCAAGAUCCUAAUAUCGACAAAACCUCCAAAAGAGUACUUAGAAGCCAACGAUGCAAAGGAAAAAGACAAUGGAGAGAAGGGAAAGGAUUCGGAUGAGGAUGUUUGGGGGAAGGAGCCAUCGGAACUUACUUCGACGCAAUCUGAUAUCGAAAAGGUUUCUAACAAUAUAACGGAAACCAAUCAAGACGAUGAAGACAAGGAGGUGUGCGAGUUUGAGAUGUCGGGCCCGUUGACAGCACCUGAGUACAGACGGCUUAUCGCCAUUCAUGCUGGGAAACCAAAGGGUGGGCUAAGAAAGGCGUUAAAGUUCGAUCCUAAUAGAAUCCGACGGCUUAGUUUGAGCGAGCAAUCACUUGAGAAAGCUGUAGCAUCAUAUGGUACAGAUGUUAACAGAUUCACCCAGAAGAAUUUUUUGAGAAUAUAUCCAAAAGGUACACGGUUUAAUUCUUCCAACUAUAAACCGCAGAUUGGUUGGAUGCACGGUGCUCAAAUGAUUGCUUUCAACAUGCAGGGAUAUGGCAGAGCACUGUGGCUGAUGCAUGGGAUGUUUAGAGCAAAUGGAGGGUGUGGUUACGUAAAAAAGCCGGAUUUUCUGAUGAAGGCAGGUCCAAGUGGUGAAGUAUUUGAUUCGACGGUGAAGAAAACAUUGAAGGUGAAAGUCUGUAUGGGAGACGGGUGGCAAGUGGACUUCAAACUGACGCAUUUCGAUCUGUAUUCUCCUCCGGACUUCUACGUCAAAGUGGGUAUUGCUGGAGCACCUGCAGAUGAGGUGAUGGCGAAAACGAAAAUAAAGUUCAAUAACUGGACGCCUGUUUGGAACGAAGAAUUCACGUUCCCGUUAACGGCUCCCGAGCUUGCUCUGCUCCGAGUAGAAGUGCACGAGUACGAUACGUCUGAGAAGGAUGACUUUGGCGGGCAGACAUGUCUACCAGUGUCUGAACUGAGACAGGGCUUGCGUGCUGUUCCACUCUUUGACCAAAAGGGCGAGAAGUACAGCUCCACCCGUCUUCUCUUGCGCUUUGAAUUCGUCUGAUGGUUAUACAUGCGUCUUUUGUUCUUCAUGCUAUAUCUUGUAGCACUUGUUUAGUUGAUUUUUUUUUUCCCAAUAGAGAUCUUCCUUUUAUCGAGGAAUCAAAUCGAAAUCGACCCUUUAUCGAUUUCUUAGUUUUCCUUAUGGGUUUUUCGUUCUUGGUAACUAUCAGAA